AGGUGAGAUUUUUGUGUUUAUAAUGCGCUAUUUCGCGAUGGAUCCGAUUCGCGGCGCGUUUGGAGCCUGGAGUGGACAAAGCGAGGCGGAUUUUUGAAAAAAGUGUUAACAAAUCGCCUCCAGGAUGUCCCAGUGUAGGAUAGUUCUGGACACGCCCGGUGUUUUGGGUGCUGGUAGUACUUUAUACGGGAAAAUAUUGUGCACUUUUACAGCAGACACGAUAAUUAGAGAGAUAAGAUGCAGGAUUAGAGGAAAAGAGAAUACUAGUAUUAGACAGGGGAAACACACCUACGUAGGUCGAAACACGUUUCUUAAUUUAACACAAACUCUGGUGGGUGAAGGUACUGUACCAAUAGGUCGAUACGAAUUUAGGUUUUCCUUCACAUUGCCAACGGACAUACCCAGCUCAUUUUCCGGAAAAUACGGCUCGAUCUACUACUAUAUCAAAGCGACUGUCGAUGUACCAUUAAUGUUCAACUACAAAGAUAAAAUUUGUCUUCGGGUAAUGGUUCCUGUUAAUUUCAAUUCAAUGCGAGAAGAAUUGCAGUUAACUCCUGUAGUAUACGAAAACGAAAAAACCCUGUGCUGUUGGUGCUGCGCCAGCGAGCCCAUAACUCUGAGCCUAUUCGUGGAAAAAGAAGCUUUCACUCUAGGCGAAAUCGCCAACAUCCUAGUCGAAAUAGUCAACAUGUCGAACACAAACGUCGAGGAAUUCGAACUGUCGCUAGUACGAGUGACUGAGUACUUAUCAGAGAAAAACGGAACGAACCACGUAACGAUAAAAGAGCGAGUGGCCGUGGAAAAGGCGACUGGGGUAGGAGCGCACGGUCGCAGGAUCUACAGGAUAGAUUUCCAGAUACCGCAGACCAUCGACUUGUACAACUUCGCCAAUUGCUACCUGAUCAAGCAGCAAUUCAUGCUAAUGGCGGAGGCGGCGCUGCCGGGGGUGCACCAGAAUUUCUCGGUGUUUGCCAGUAUUAUGUUAGGGCACAUUCCGUUGCUCGAAACGCACGGUUUCCAGCAGGCCCGUUCGGGAAUCGAAGUUUUUGGAAGAAACUUGCAAGAAUCGGAAUCGCCUCCCAGAUAUAGCUCGCUUAAUCUAUACGAUAUAGAAGAAAAUGAUACUCUUGCGGAUAGUACUAUAAGCGAUAUUGAGAAUUCGUGAAGUAUCUAAUAGUUGAUUUCGCCUCGAAUGUCUUGCGAUUUUCCCAAUUUCUUGUUAUAAUUCUAGUGAUAUUGGACGAAUUAAUUGUACCUUAAAAUUGCCUUCGAAAUAUCUUCAACCAUGUAUUCCAAAAUGUAUCUACUUUUCAAAUGUUACGAAUUAAAUUUUUAAUAGAAAAUCCAUCGAAUGGAUAUUUCACUGUGAAUUUA